AUGGAGCAAAUGCAAAAUCGGUUCAGUCAAAUGUCGGACACCAUCAUCGGGAGGGUAGACGAGAUGAGCACCCGCAUAGACGACCUGGAGAAGUCAAUUCAGGACCUCAUGGUGCAGGCCGAGAUCGAACCUGCAGAUGACUCUUCUGCCGAGGCGGGGGACGGAGGUGGGGAUGCAGAACCACCAGCACAACCUGAAGCUGGAACUGCGUAG